GUACUAACCUCAAAAACAAAUAUUGUUUACGUUAACAUAAUUUCCUAAGCUCAAGAAAUGGCAGAUAGACUGACUCAACUCCAAGACUGCAUAAACCAGCAAGCCGAACACUUUUGUAACAGCAUCGGUAUACUUCAACAAUUCGCUCCGCCUAGCAAAUUCCCUAAUUUCGACAGAAGCGGCUCUCAAACGCCGCAACAACAACAAACCCAGGAGGACUACGUUCAACUAUUCACCACGUUGAUUGCUAGGUGUGCUAAGGAUAUCGACACUUUGAUUGAGUCUCUUCCCAGUGAGGAAAGCUCGACAGAAUUACAACUGGAGAGCUUACGGAUUCUAGAAAAAGAGAACCAGGAAGCGGCCCAACGGUUGGAAGCCGUCGUCAGGAACGGCCAGGAUUUGUUGGAGAAAAUCCAAGCCGCGCUGAGCGAUAUCGCUCAGGCGCAGCUGGACAUGCAGCAUCUGACCAAGGCUGUGACCGGAGGUAGAGAAUGACGGAAGAAGCAUUGUGGAAAAUUGUGUAAUAUUGUUAUGUUUUGGUUAUAAUACGUAAGUUUGUGUUUAUUCAAAAUUCAUACAGGGUGCUUUGGAAUAUGAUCUACACGAAAUGUAUAGAGUGUCACCAAUAAAAGUAUUCAACAUA